AAGUACUGUUGUGCACAUUUUUGUGUUGGUGACAAAGUGACCCCUGGGUCUCGCUCAUUACAGUGCGAGCCAGACACACCCCAAAAUACCCAGAGAGCAUCAUCAAUGGAAGAACCAACGCCACCGCCACCGACCCAAAUCCCAAAUCCUCCUCCGAACUCAGUCGAAACUCCCCCUCAUCUUCAUCCAAAGACCAAGAAGAGACCCCUUGACAGUGAUGCCCAAAUCCCCAACUCCGGUUACUUCAAGAUUCGUGCCGUCCUCAGAGACAUUCGUCCUAAUGUUCUUGAGGUUCUCCGGACCCCUGACUUUCAGAAUUGUAAGGCAGCCACAACGAAAUUCAAGAACAGUUCAUCCUUGAAGUCAGAUUGUCGUCUUAGCAUUGCCCACCUAUUUAGAAACCAGGUGAAGCUUCUGAUGGAACGAUACAAACAGAUGACAGAACAAGCACUUUCCUCACCAAGAUGUGACAAUGUGCCAGAAGGGCAGCUUUCUUCUGGUGCGCCAUCAGAACAUAAUCUUCCUUCAGGUAUAUCUGGUCAGAAGCAGCAGGCUGAAGAUGAACCAAAUAAAGGGACUUAUGUUGUUGGAGGGUCAGCCUUUGGCUGGAACUUCAUCACCUUUUCCACCACGGAACCGGUCUAUUAUGGUAUGACAGAGGAGUCAUUUCGAGCACAAGCAGCAAAGCUGACAACUGCAUAAUCUACAGUACUAUGGGCCGUUGAAAUACAUUAACAAUGAGUAAAAAAAAAAUGUUCUCGCUGCUAUGAUGAUGUUUCCUGAAUGGAAUUUAGAAGAAAUUCCUGAAGCCUACCCGCUAUAUUGGUAUAAUGGGACUUUAGCUGAUGAUUUGAUCAAUUGCAUUGGGUGAAAGUUUUCAUUAAAAGUAGUUGUUAGUUCUUAGCACCCCUUCUUAUAUAUCAAAGGGUCACCCAGUGAGAAUGUUGUAAAACUCUGAUUUGUUUGGAAUGUCAUCUUCUUUUACAUGAAAUCCUUUGAGAGCUACAGUUAUAUAUUGCUUGUCAUGGGAGGGCCUCUAAAAAUUACCCUAUUUUUUUU